GUCAGUUUGAUGCAGAUCUCCACAGAGGACAGCUUCGGUCACAUAAAACCGGACUACCUAAUCAGACCAGACUAAUACUCAACCAGAGGACACCAGUUUAAGCCAUCGCUGGGGGCUCCAAUCAGAAUGAAGAUUUGUGUGUGUGUUGAUACAUCUUUUGUAAUGAGAACGUAAGAACAUGUGUACGAACAUUCAUGUGAGUGUGUGCAUGUGAAAGGUGAAUUAGUUUGUGUGAUGUGAAGGUGUGAAGGCGGUGACCAUGUCUGAGGAGGACAUGAUGAACUGCACCAUCAGCCAUGAAAUCCACCAGUACCUCUUCCCUUCAGUGUAUAUCCUUGUACUAUUGGUUGGUGUUCCCUCCAACAUAUACUCUCUGUACCAUGCUGCUGUACAGCUGAAGCAGAAGAAUGAACUGGGAGUUUAUUUAAUGAACCUCACUGUGUCUGAUCUGUUGUACCUGGCAUCGUUACCGCUGUGGCUCCAGUAUUUCUUUCAGGACGAUGAUUGGAGUCACAGGGAAUGGUUGUGCCAGUUGUGUGGCUUCCUACUCUAUGAAAACAUCUACAUCAGCAUUGGCUUCCUGUGCUGUAUCAGUCUGGAUCGCUACCUGGCUGUGGUUCAUCCUUUAAGAUUCACCUCUCUCCGCUCUAUGAAUGCAGCAUGGCUUGUUAGUGCUAUCAUCUGGCUGAAAGAGAUUGCAGUAGGCGUGGUCUUCUUCCGCCACAAAGAACUGAGCAAAGACCGCGAGAACCUGUCUGUGUGCUUCGAGCACUACCCCAUGCAGCAGUGGGAGUACCCAAUCAACUACUACCGCUUCACAAUUGGCUUUGUGUUCCCGUUAUCUAUUCUAUCGAUCAGCUACCUGUGCGUCCUCCGUGCUGUGGGCCGGAGCGCGGGGACACAGCCGGUUCAGAAGAUAAGGAUCCGACAGUUAGUCAGCAGCACCAUUCUCAUCUUCCUUGUCUGUUUCUCCCCAUACCACGUCUUCUUGUUAGUACGCACCCUGCUGGAGCGGGACUGCAACUUUAUUGCAAGAAUAUUUAACUACUACCACCUGUCCCUGCUGCUGACCACCCUGAACUGCGUGGCAGAUCCUGCUCUCUACUGCUUCGUCAGCGAAAGUGCCCGUCACAGCCUGUACAGAGCCAUAAUCCGACCCUUUGCCAGGAUACUCUGUUGCUGCUGUCGCCGUGGCAAAGCGAGUCCCACCAACCCAGCUACAGAUUCCAAUGAGAUCGCCACUGAAGACAACAAUGGCCACCCAACAGUGCAGCUUCUCACUCACACCAGCACAGACAACAGUGUAAAAACAGACCCUGCCAUCGAAAACACAAUUUUAAUUACACAGAUGGAUGAAAAAACAAUCAUACCCUCAAUUGUACAAAGUAACAGACAAUGAAAAAAGUUUAUAAGUAAAUCCAGCUGUGUGACAGCCAUGGAGGAGCUGAGCCAAUAAUCAGAGAGGACUGACGAGACGGACAAAAACUAAUAUAAUCUGGGGACCAAUCACAAACCGUAUUAUCAAAGACCUCAG